AUGUCUCUGGAAUACUCAUACUAUAGGCCAAGCACUCCGCCAGGGCUGCCUUAUGAGGGAACCAUUCGCAUGGCUCACAGCCGCAAUGCAUCCGACUCAUCUAUAUACUCCAACGAUUCCUCGCCUUGGUCCGCAGUCACUUCGGCUACCAGCCCGAGCACUGAUUCUCCUCCUCGUUACCAUCAUGGACCCGCUCUUCUUCCCAAGAUUAGAGAUCAGGAUGUGGUCAUUGAACCUUCACCGUCCAGUGGACCGCAGCGUCAUCGCAAGGUUUUAUCAAACACCCGGAACACGCCUUGCUUCUUACCAUAUCCUCCCAACCGUGCAGCAAUUCAGCGUCAUAGCACAGAAUAUGUGGAUUACUGCCCUCUUGCAUCUCCAAUCUCCCCUAUGUACGUUGACUCAGCACUGGCAUCUCCCGUGAGCAUAACGUCCUCGCACAAGCGCAAGGUGUCUAGUGCACAUUCUCGGUCCUGCUCCGUGUCUAGUAUCGAUGAUGCAACCUUAGCUAGAUAUGGCUAUCCCACCUAUAGGCAGCUUCCGAAGUACUCUAGCCUACCGCAGGGGUCACCAACUGCACCCGUCACCCCAGUCACACCAAACAUCAUUGUGUACCCACCUUAUUCUCAGCCUUCCCCGGCUGGCCACACAUCCAGUGCCCAGUGCUCCCCGGUUGGCUUUGCACACGAUGUUUAUAGAAUGGGCCCGUCAUCUACGACUCUCCUUUCAUACCUGAUUGCACCAACACAAGCUAUCAACUUGGUCCGUAACGUGAGUGUAAUACCAACUCGAGGGAUGCAUGACUAUUUCUGGUGGGAUAUUCGCAAUUUGCGCAACUGGUCCUCUUUCUCUCUGCCCACAUUCCACUCAAUCAAUGGCCUCACAAAGCUCUUGAAGACAGCAAUCCCGUCACAUCUGACUCCACCUACUAUCGUCCCUAGCUCCCGUCUUUGUCCCGACUCUGAAUUCUCGUUGGUCGAUCUCGUCCAAGAUAUUUAUGCGCCACGUGUGAAUGCAGCCCUGGCCGUUUCUCAAGGCCCAGAUCACCUUGCCCUCUAUCCUGCCCCUGUCCCACGGAUCCACGCCAAUAGGAAUUACGGAGGCCCUCACUUCCUUGCAAACUAUGCUUCAGAUACGGAGCGAACGAGCUCAGGUCUGCCUCGGGGACGGCUGGUUGGGAUUGUCAAAACUUUCGACCGUUGGAACACUAGUAUGCGUACUGAAGCGCCUCAUCGCCGGGUCGAGUACCUGAAUGGUCUAGCGCAUCUCCAACGGUGCAUGCGCGAACAUUCCUGCCGGUACGGCUUCAUCAUCACAGAGAUUGAGCUUGUCUGUGUGCGAGCAGGGUGCGACGAGGGUGACGACGUGCCUUACUUUGGCUUCCUUGAGGUUUCAGCUCCUAUACCCACUAAGCUCGCGGCGGGUCCGGACGAAGGCUACUUGGGAUCUUGCUCAGCCCCUUACAGCCAUCCUCAUUCCCCUACACCGUCUACCGACAGUUCAUUAGCCAGUCAAUCCCCCGUGUUGGACACGUACUCUUCACCAGCUCCAGAAGAGCUUGACGUACCGAUGACCACAAGCCUGGCCUUAUACUUCCUACUAAUGCUCUCUAAAUCUGUGCCCUUGCCGUCCCAGCCGUCAUCUCACCUCAACGUUGGCGGGCCGGGAGCCCUGACCCGGCAGCGCAUCCUCCCAGAAGGGAAGGAUAAAUGGAUCCCAGAACCCCAAAUCGGAGAAAAAAGAGACGCGAAACGAGUGAGAGGCUGGAUCUGGCCACAAGAUGCCUGGCAUCGCCGCGAGGGGGGAGGAGCUCCACGUUCGCGAGUAACCGGUGUGGAAUGCAAACCAAAAAAAUGGCAUAAGUAA